UGUGUAUGACUGGGUGAGAGCGACCUCGGCGCCGCCGAGACCCUCCUGAUUGCACCUGUCCUGGGCGAGGACGACGACACCCACGACCACCACUACUCUUCCUGGGUUCAGAUCUUGCUAUUAGCCUUUCGCUCGUGCUGUUUUCCUUCAGAUCGAUAUGAUUCAGAGGCCUGCACCAAUUUCAUCGAGCUUGCAAGGUCAGCACCAAGAUUCUCAGGCGACAGGCUGGCGGCAUCCUCGACAGAAACCGCGGCCCGCCAACGCCCGCGCCUUCAACCAGCCCGAUGGCAUCGGCGCCGUCCCGCCAGAGACGCUCGCGCCUGCAACCAGCCUGAUGGCAUCCUCCAGGGACCGCUUGGCCAAAGCGAAGGCCGCCGCGUCUUCCGCGGGCUCGUUUCCGGAUGAGGCGAGUUGUGUCAAGAGAAGUCUUGUCGUGUGGGAACGAAAAGAAAAGAAGAACCUAACAGCCCUACAGCUCGAGGCCAUGGUCGAAACCAGCGGAUCUUGCCGAGCAUGGAGUGGGCGCGCCGGUAGCAGGGCCGGCCGCGGGGACGGGAUACGCGGCGGCGGCGAAUCAAGGCUGAUUUGCAGAUGAACGGCUAAGCCAUCGGGCCGACGGCCUCGGCGUUUUUUUCUCGAAACGUUUUCUUUUUUACUUAGCGGUGGCAAGGAUUGUAAUUUUGAUGUAUUCCAGGGGCAAAAUCGGAAGAAAAAAUGACGGACGACGGAAA